AUGCGUCUAACUAGAAAGUGCACUAUUGAAGAGCUUCAAGAUAACAAUCAGGAGGGUUCUUUUAUCAUCUUUGGAGCAAUCCAAGGUAUUGUUGAGGAUGGAGGUUGGUGGUAUUCUGCUUGUGUGUGUGGAAAGGGUAUCCAUCCUCAAAAUGGUGCCUAUUACUGUGAUUUUUUUUUGAAGCACAUCACUAAUGUUACUCCAAGAUUUAAAAUUAAAGUGACAGUUGAAGAUCAUACUGGGGAGGGUAUUUUCCUUCUCUUUGAUCGUGAGGCUUCCUAUUUGCUUAAGAAAUCAUGUGCUGAUUUGUUUACUGAAGUUCAAAGAGAUGCAAGUGUUAUAUGUGGGGAUACUUAUCCUCCCAUAUUCCAAGGGCUGAUUGGAAAGAAGUUGCUGCUCAAGGUUGAUACCAAAGGUGUCCCACAUGAUACAUUUUAUGGGACUUUCCGAGUUACGAGAAUUUGUGAUGAUUCCACCAUCAUUGCAAUGUUUGAACUUCCCAAUUAUGAUGCUGAUGAUGAGUCUUCUCCCAAAAAGGAGCAUGACUUACACAAAUCUGUUCCUGCUGGAAAAGCUGAUGUUGGUAUUAAGAAGGAGUCUUCUGAUAGUUUUAUCAAAACUGAGAAAGAUGCUGGUCAUUGUGCUGGGAUGUUGUGUAAAUCCCCAGUUCUUAUAGAUUUUUUGGCUGAAAAACAGCCUGUUAUUUCUGUGGGGAGUGAAUUUGUUGGGUUAAUUGAUGGUGAGCAUGGAAAGGAAGAGAAAACUCCCAGCAAUGAUACUCUAGAGCUGUUGUCCCAUGUUCUUGAAGCACCUUCCCAAAAUGGAGAGAAGCUUACCCAUGAAAAUCAUGUUGUCACCUCCAAGAGUAAGAGAAAUUUGAAUCCUCAGUUUGAAGAGGUUGCUGUUGAUGCAGAUGGGCGUGGGUUGAAGGUUGCUAAGGUUAAUGGAGUUUGA